GCCGCCGCCCGUUGAUUCAGCUUCUAUCAUCUAUGAUUAUGUUGCCGACGAUCGCGUACCUACCGUGAGCCGAUUAUCGUAUAACGUAACAAGAAAGUGUAUUAAUUAUUGAAUGUAAAUAAGUGUCGAUAUAACAUAAAAUAUUUCUAGAGCAAACAUGGUCACAGUGUUAUGUUUAGUGUUAAAAAAAUAACAAUGUAAGUUAGCAUUAUCUUCGGUGCAGUGCUGUGAAAGUUUUCUGUAGUUGUUGUAUUUGUGCUUGUAUAAAAUGACCGAGAAAAGUAAAUCCGAGAAGAUGACUAAUACAUCGAAACCAGUUCCUAUGAAACUUUUUGCAGCUUGGGAAGUAGACAGGACUCCUUCUAACUGUAUCCCCAGGCUAUGCACCUUACGGGUGACGCGUCUGCGGGUGUGCGGCGCGCUGGGCGACGCGGGCGGCGGCGCGGCGGGCGGCACGGGCGCGGGCGCGGUGACGCUGGCGGCGCGCAUGCACAGCAGCAAGCGCACGCUGCGCUCCAAUGACAUCACCGUGCCGCCGCUCGACGUCGAGCUCGACCUGUGCUUCUCGCUGCAGUACCCGCACUUCGUGAAGCGCGACGGGAACAGAUUACAAAUAAUGCUUCAGAGGCGGAAGAAAUACAAGAACCGCACGAUACUCGGCUACAAGACGCUCGCUGAAGGAGUCAUUAGGAUGGAUCAGGUACUCCAGCGUUCGAUGGACAUGGAGUUGGAGCUGACGAGCGUGGGCGGCAAGGUGGGCGCUGCGGCGGGCCAGCCGCUCGCCAAGCUCACCAUCACCGGCCUCGCCUCGACCCCCGUCGACCACGACACCAAGAACAAUAACACGCUGCUCAUUACUGAAAGAGGCUAUUCAGACGAAGAGGAGGAGGGCGAGUUCAGUUCGGUGGAAGAGGCGGAUGAGAUGACAUACGGCGCACCCGCGCGACGUCGCACGCACCGACAGCUGGCGUUCAACAAGGGAGACCUAUCUUAUACUAAAUUGUCACGCUCACACGACAUGAGCUUCAUGGAGAGAGAGAGAAAGAUACAGAAAUAUAUAAGGUCGAAGGCGCACGACAGGGACAGCGACAGCGAGCUGGAGCACGCCGCCGCCUCCGCUAAACGCAAGGGCAGCCGCGGAAAGCUGGCGCAACGCAACCUGAAGCAGAAGUUCGCAGCGCUGCUGCGGCGGUUCCGAGUGCCGGAGGACAUGGGCGAGCGGGGCGCAUCGCGGGAUACACACAACGCGCAGAUUGACGAACUAUUCCAGGAGCUAGAGUCUUUAUCGUGCGGCGAGGGCGACGACUCGGGGCCGGACCAGAUGGACACCAUCAGCAUCGGCUCCACGCCCAAGCCUUCGCUCCGGCCCUUCUUCAGCAGUUCCCGCAGCCUGGCCAACCAGGAACACCAUAGACAUUCCAACGUGACGCGGCACGCCAGCCUCACCGCAGACGCUGAGCGACGCGCGCGCGACGCGCCAGCCCCGCCCUCACUCGCAGAGUCUGAGGCGGUGCGCACGGACGAGCGCGGCAGCGACGGCAACAGCGACGGCGACGCCACGCUCGACGCGCCCGUUUCCGGUGCCAGCGUGUCUAGCUCGCCGCCCAAUGAGACCAAGCACGAGGACAAGCGGUCGCGGCUGUUCCGGAGCGCGACGAGCGGCGGCAACCUAACGCCCGCGGCGGCGGCGGCGCGCAAGAAGAACUCCCUCGUCAUCAGCGCCGACCGCCCGCUCUCUGCGCACGAUCUGCCCGCGCUCAGCCCUACUACACUUGAGCCUCGGCGUACGAUGGCGGAGGCGGUGGCCCGCGCGCUCGGCGAGGAGGGCCCGGUGCCGGAGGUGGCGGCGGUGGCGCCCGCGUCGCUCGCGCGCGUGUUCGCCGCGCUGGCUGUGCCCGUCGCGCUCGCGCCCGCGCCGCUCGUGCCCGACGCACGCCCCCUGCUGCAAACGCUCAUGGCGCGCGCUGCUAAACAAGGCGGCAGGCGGCCGUUCCGUAUCUGCGUGUGCGGCGGGGAGGCGGCGACGGCGGCGGCGCUGCGAGCGCACGUCGAGCUCGCGUCGCGUCGCCCGCACGACCCGCCCCCCGCACGCUUCUAUAUUGUGCCAUUAGGUCCGCACACGGUGGCGCGAUACCUGUGCGGCUCGGACGCGGCGUACGCGGCGCUGUUCGGGGCGGAGUCGUGGGCGGGGCUGUGCGAGCGGCUCACCGAAUCGCCGCUCGCCGACGUCGCCGAAAUGUCCUCCAGGAUCGCCAGAUAUCUGAACAGCGUCGGCCCCGUGAACAAUGUGCCAAUCGGCGAAGCGAUGAUCGCGUACCGGGAUAAGUCCGGGGACGAGGAUUCCAGUCAAACUUUCAUUCCAUUUAUUGCGGAGGUGCGUGUAGGUUGCGGAGAAGGCGGUCCGUCGUCGCUGGAGCUGGAAGAGGGCGGGUCUCCACCGGCGCGGCCCUCGCCUCCGGCCACGCCCGCGCCCGACCUGCUGCCGCCGCGCGCCGAGCCGCAGGAGCUGCAGCUGGACUACUGGCUGGUCCCACCUGCUCGCUGCUCGGAAGCGGAGGGCGGGGGUAAAGUUACGUUGAAGGCCUCCUUCCGAGCUCUCGUGAUAACGCGGAACAACGCGCAUCUCUCCAUUACCUACCUCACAAAGGAGAAAAAACAAAAAAUAAUGCGGCUGGGUAAAAAGAAAGAGAAAAGCGGCGAGACGGAGCCGGGGCGCGCGCAGACCGUCGACGGCGUCGCGCGGCUCAUCUGCUCCGCCAAGGGCUCGCACAACUCCCCGCUCAGAGUAUACAUCGACGGCACGGAAUGGAACGGCGUGAAGUUCUUCCAGCUGUCGACGCAGUGGCAGACGCACGUGAAAACGUUCCCGGUCGCCACGUGCGGCGCGCCGCUCGCACCGCCUGAAACUUAGAGCUUGUGCUGAAUUUUGCUCCCUCCACGGAAUUCCGCGAUUAGCUCGUUUGAUGUCCUCGUGGCUUUUAGACCCUAGUAUUAGGAGCGCCGCGCGCCGCUACGAGGCUCGAGGUAGCGCCAAAUAUAUCACCGCCAUAUUAUGAUAUAGUAGCGAUUUAAUAUGGCGCUCUGUGAAUGUAAUAAUUGCUGAUGCAAACGGAGAAAUAUAAUUUCUCCCUUUUCCGACUUAUUUAUAUUUUACCCGAUAUUUUACUUACUGUACUUUAGCUGCCAUGGCAUGUAUGGCUUUUGUUAUGUAUUUUGGAUUUUUCCAAAUUAUCUUAGAUGGUGGUUUAACAAAAUUGUUUUAUCGAUAUUAUCGCAAUGUUAGAAACCUGCGUUUAUAUUAUAUUUAUUAUCAUUACUCCAAUAUACAUAAUAAAGGCUCAAUAAUCACUUAGUCAUUAGAAGUUGUUAGAUUCGUAUUUAGAAAUAAAUGUGUAUUGUGUACUCAAUAUAUCUAUGGUUCGUGACAUUUGUAUAACAUAAACAUUAUGAUAAAAAAUAGAACAAAAAUGAUUUUAGUUACAACAUCAUUUUUUAUACCUAUGUGUUAGACAACGAUUGUGGGGUAACUGUAAAGUUUCGCUACUCAUACCUAUUUGUUACAAAAGUAUCGCAUGCAGCACAUUCUUAUGUUCCACGCUGGCGUCCUGUAUUUUUUGUGUCUAUUUUUUGUCAUAUUAUAUCGAUAUCAGUUAGACUUAGGACUGUAGAGAGGUCGGUAGUCGGUACUCGGUACUCGGUGCAAGAGCAAACUGAAUCUUGUGAAAUCUAGUAAGCACAUAUCAAUGUAGGUUUGUGGGUGAGAGUUUUUAGUCUGUGAUUCGUGAAUGUGGUUUUUUUAAGUCAACGGUGCGGUUGCUAAUGUUUUGUAUUUUUUAUAUGUGCAAGAUUAUUUUCGUGUGAAAGCAAUAGCUUUUUGUAUCAUAGCAUAAACGUUUAUGUAUCAAAUGUCAGUAGCAAACAGUAUUACAACGUCGGUUCGAUGAUAUAACGUGGUUUCCGAGCCAAUGUCUAUUAUUCAACGACUAGUAGGCUUAAGUCUGAAUAUGUUUUCGUAGAGUAAUUUCGACUGCAAUGCUAUGUAAGUACUACCAGAUAAAUCGAUUCAUAGACAAUUGACAUUUGGCGAUCUUACGUAAUUCGGUCUGGUUGUGGCGAGUCCCACCGACAGAUUUAAUUCAUCAACAUUGACUUGACAUUAUCUGACCAAUUAAUAUAGGCUCGCCAUUUGCCUAUGAAUCAAUUUCCCUAAUGGUACUUAUUUUCUAAAGUAUUGUCAGAAAUGUAUUAAAGUAUAGGUACCACAGUUUUUACUGUCGUCAACUCUUAAACAACGCCCUCGUCAACAUCAAAAUAUUGCCUACCUUGUUCAGUACUUUGAAAAUACUUUGACGCGUAUCAUGCUAAUAAAAUAUUGGAAAACUUUUAUUACUCUGAUUAUUAUUAUUAGGUAGGCCUCUCAAACUGUUAGGCUGUUUACACACACGUCGCGGCGGCAGCGGUGCCGCUCCAUUACUCAUCCUUGUGUUUCUAUUUGCCGUUACACACGGCGCCGCCGCGGCGGC